AUGGAAAGUGAUGAUAAGAAGUAUAUUAAAGAGUUGGAGAACAAACUAAUCAAAGUAGUCAUCGACCGAGAGAACAUCCUUAAUGCCUACAAAGAGUUAAAAGAUCGAGUAUUGGAACUUGAUAUCCUGUUCCAAAGACACACAGCAAGUCUUAUUGAUGAUAUUGAUACACAGGACAAGGAGAUGAAUGAUAUGUUCAUUGGAAUGGAUGAAUUGGAAAAGAAGUAUGAGGACAUUGCCUAUGAGUUGGUGACUACAAGAUCAGAGAAGAAUGAGAUAGAGUCAAACUACAAGGACCUAUUAUCCGAACAUAACCAGUUAAAGAAUGAGCAUAGUGAGGUAAAGAUCAAGGUGUCACGACUACUGUCGAAUAUCACUAGAGGUGGAGGUGGAGGUGGAGGUGGAGAUAGUGUUGCCAAACAACAGCAACAACAACAACAAAAGUGA